ACGCUUUUUAUUUAAAAUCUGAUAAAAACAACAAACACUUUUGAUAUUUAUGCCGCCCCCCUUUCCUCCAUCUCUAUAGCCUCCAUCGACGUCGGAGACGCUCACCGCAUACUCUUCUCACUUCGAUAGAUUCCGCCGUUUACUCUCGCGCCUACGCAAAAACUGACAUCCUUUAUAUCUCUUGAGAAUGGCGAGCAAUGAUUUGAAGACAUGGGUUUCGGAUAAGCUGAUGGGGCUGCUUGGCUAUUCUCAAAUAACUCUUGUUAACUAUGUCAUUGUAAAGGCUAAGCAAUCAAAGUCACCAGCUGAACUUGUUGGAGUGUUGAUGGAUAACGGAUUUGCUUCUUCUGGUGAUACUCGUUCCUUUGCGGAAGAGAUUUUUGCUAGAGUUCCUCAUCAAACUGCUGCGGUGAAUCUUUACCAACAACGGGAAGCAGAGGCAGCAAUGCUAGUGAGGAAGCAACAAACAUAUGCUCUUAUAGAUGAUGAUGAUGAUGAUGAAGACGAAGUGGUUAAGGAGAAAAAACCUUCAGCUUCUGAAUCUAAGAAGUCAGAUAAGGGCAAGAAAAGGUUUAGAAAGAAAAGUGGGCAGUCAGAUGACAGUGAUGAAGAGGUGCCUGUAAGAGAGGACAGUAGACACGUUCGAAGAAAGGUUUCUGAAGAUGAGGAUGAUGGUUCUGAGUCAGAAGAGGAAAGAGUGCGUGACCAAAAGGAGAAAGAAGAACUCGAGCAGCAUAUAAGAGAUCGUGAUACUGCACGGACACGAAAGUCAGUGACAUGUUCUUUUCAUUUGUUUAAUGAUCAGCUAACGGAGCAAAAGUUGUCAAAGAAAGAGCAAGAGGAGGCUCUUCGAAGAGCGAACGCUUUGGAGGAGGAUGAUUUAAACUCCUUAAGGAAAGUUUCAAGACAAGAAUAUUUGAGGAAGAGGGAACAGAAGAAACUGGAAGAACUAAGGGAUGAGAUAGAAGAUGAACAAUAUCUUUUCGCAGAUGAAAAGCUCACAGAAACAGAGCUUCGUGAGUUUAGAUACAAGAAAGAGCUUUAUGACCUGGUGAAGAAAAGAACACAAGAUGAAGAUAACGUAGAGGAGUAUAGAAUUCCAGAUGCUUAUGAUGAUCAAGAGGGGGGUGUUGAUCAGGAGAAGAGAUUUGCUGUUGCUGUGCAACGAUACAAGGAUCUGGAUUCAAGGGAGAAGAUGGAUCCAUUUGCAGAGCAAGAAGCUUGGGAGGACCAUCAGAUUGGAAAAGCAAGACUAAAAUUUGGCUCAAAGAACAAAAAAGCCUCAGACGAUUAUCAGUUUGUGUUCGAGGACCAAAUAAAUUUUAUAAAGGAAUCAGUGAUGGCCGGUGAAAAUUAUGAAGAUGAUAUGCAUCCUAAAGAAGCUCAAGAUGCGGCUGAAAAAACAGCUUUAGAAGAACUUCAGGAGGUCAGAAAAAGCCUGCCAAUUUACGGGUAUCGUGAGCAGUUGCUUCAGGCCGUGGAAGAGCAUCAGGUUCUUGUCAUUGUGGGAGACACUGGUUCAGGAAAGACAACACAAAUACCACAAUAUCUCCAUGAAGCUGGUUACACAAAGCGCGGAAAGGUUGGUUGUACACAGCCCCGAAGAGUUGCAGCUAUGAGUGUUGCUGCCCGUGUGGCUCAAGAGAUGGGUGUCAAACUUGGACAUGAGGUUGGCUAUUCCAUUCGAUUUGAGGAUUGUACUUCAGAUAAAACUGUUCUGAAGUAUAUGACUGAUGGAAUGCUUUUGCGUGAGCUGCUUGGGGAACCAGAUCUGGCCAGCUACAGUGUCGUUAUUGUAGACGAGGCGCACGAAAGAACCUUGUCAACCGAUAUACUGUUUGGAUUAGUUAAGGAUAUAGCGCGGUUUCGACCAGAUUUGAAGUUGUUGAUAUCUAGUGCAACAAUGGAUGCAGAAAAGUUUUCUGAUUAUUUCGAUACAGCGCCGAUUUUUAGUUUUCCAGGGAGAAGGUAUCCAGUUGAAAUUAACUUUACAAGUGCACCUGAAGCUGAUUACAUGGACGCAGCAAUAGUUACUGUGCUUACUAUCCAUGUGAGGGAGCCGCUUGGAGAUAUAUUGGUCUUCUUAACUGGUCAAGAGGAAAUUGAAACCGCAGAAGAAAUCUUGAAGCAAAGGAUAAGAGGUUUGGGUACAAAGAUCCGUGAAUUAAUCAUAUGCCCGAUUUACGCAAACCUUCCAAGCGAACUCCAAGCAAAGAUAUUUGAGCCAACUCCAGAAGGGGCACGUAAAGUAGUCCUAGCGACAAACAUUGCUGAAACAUCAUUGACGAUUGAUGGUAUAAAGUAUGUUGUUGAUCCUGGAUUUAGCAAGAUGAAGUCAUAUAACCCGAGAACAGGGAUGGAGUCUUUGCUGAUUACUCCUAUCUCCAAGGCUUCAGCAACUCAACGUGCUGGUCGAGCUGGAAGAACAAGCGCAGGGAAGUGUUACCGUCUGUACACAGCGUUUAAUUACAACAACGACUUGGAGGAAAACACGGUGCCAGAAGUACAGAGGACGAAUCUUGCAAGUGUGGUACUUGCUUUAAAGAGUCUUGGAAUUCAUGAUCUCAUAAACUUUGAUUUUAUGGACCCUCCACCUGCUGAAGCACUUGUGAAGGCUUUAGAGCUUCUCUUCGCUCUAGGUGCUCUAAAUAAGCUCGGUGAAUUGACUAAAGCUGGUAGAAGGAUGGCAGAGUUUCCCCUUGAUCCGAUGUUAUCGAAGAUGAUUGUUGUUUCUGACAAGUACAAGUGCUCAGAUGAGGUAAUAUCAAUUGCUGCUAUGUUGUCAGUUGGAGGGUCUAUCUUCUACCGUCCCAAGGACAAACAGGUUCACGCUGACAAUGCAAGAAUGAAUUUUCACACUGGAAAUGUCGGUGACCAUAUUGCUUUGCUAAAGGUUUACAGCUCAUGGAAGGAAACAAACUACUCUACACAGUGGUGCUAUGAGAACUACAUUCAGGUACGGAGCAUGAAAAGAGCCAGAGAUAUCCGUGACCAGUUGGAAGGACUUCUCGAGAGAGUGGAGAUAGAAAUCAGCUCAAACAUGAACGAAUUGGAUUCAGUUAGAAAGUCCAUUGUAGCUGGUUUCUUCCCGCACACUGCGAAGCUGCAGAAGAAUGGAUCAUAUCGAACUGUGAAGCAUCCCCAGACAGUGCACAUACAUCCCAAUUCAGGCUUAUCUCAGGUGUUGCCAAGAUGGGUUGUAUAUCAUGAACUAGUGCUCACCUCCAAGGAAUAUAUGCGACAGGUAACGGAGUUGAAACCAGAGUGGUUGAUUGAGUUAGCUCCUCACUACUACCAGCGCAAGGACGUUGAAGAUGAUGCAUCAAAGAAAAUGCCCAAAGGAGCUGGUAAAGCUGCGAUCUAAGAAGUCAAGACUGGAAACAGAUGUGGGUGUAUAGAAAACUUUGGCAGAUUGCUAGAAGAGCUUUCUUUACCACUACAUUUAACUUCUUUUUGGUGUUAGAAAAUAAUAACAAUGUUUAUGAAUAGUCCAAAUCAGUGACCACUUGAUCUUCACUAACUCUUUCUUUUUCUUUUUUUUUUGAACAACCUUCACUAACUCUUUCUUGGCAUCUCAAAACACGUGAUACAAUUCUCUACCUAAUUUAUCAUAUAAAGCAAACACUGGUCAUCUACCCUA